AUGAGCAGACGCAACAAAAGCAGGCUCGUUGUAGACCUGGAUGACGAGGUUGAGUUUGUGACCAAGGUAGCUAAGCAGACCACUAGGGGAGUACGCUAUGUGGACGUACCUUUGCCCAUGCCCACAGGUUCAAACGUGCCAUUGCCUUCCAAAAGUCCAUCGAAGGCUCCAGCUUCAGGCUCCUUGUUUAACUUGGAUGAUGGCGACGUCCUGGGCAACAUAGGUGUGCCGAUUCAGCUGGAUCUGGCGGCUCGGAAGACAAAGACCCAGAAUGACUUCAUGAGGGACUGGAUACCCCACCGUGAUGACUAUCUUCAUGCCAUUGUCGAGAUGGAAGCCUCGCCUGAGCCCAGAAACUGUGCGGAAUGCAAGGUUGGCGAGGGACGCCAUCAGCAUGCUCCUUUCCAUCGGAUAGAGCAUUGGCAGGGUCAGUAUUUUAAGCCGACAUCACUGUAUCGGGUUGGCGUCUGCAUCCAUUUGGGGCAUGGCGGAGAUCCCUGCCCUCUGGGCGCCUUCACAGCACAUAACAACCCUGUGCCGGUGGUGGCCCCGGGGUCCAAUUUCUGGAAUGCCUCCAAUGAAGACCUAAAUGCACAUGAUGGCGAGGUCUCAGAUGAUGGUGCGGUCCCAUUCAACUUUGCACCUCUGGCAGGCACCCUUGACGGUGAAGCAAGGCAAACCGACAAUGCUCCCGAUCCCACUUGGGAGGAAGAUGUGCCACCGGUGCUCUCCCGGCCACCUCGCCGUGAUAGUUACGGGAAUCAGAUCAUAGUCAUUGUCGACAUCUCUGGCGUUCACCAUAUCAGCGUUGACUGA